AUGCACGUCCCGACAAGUUCCAAAUCUGCUCCGGGCACUCUUCCUAGAGAAAAGCAGAAGCUCCUUUCAGUCUAUAUUUACGGCCUUACUGGUAGCGAUAUCACCUUCCAGAGCUUCCCCGCCCACCUCUACAACUUGUUGUCGGUCAUAUGAUCGCUUAGGAAGACCUUGACUGGGUCACUCACCCAAAGGUAAAUCCAAAAUUCGGGGCGAGGCAGAAUACUCCUGCUGCAAGGGGAGGGUUUUCCACAAGGCUCGUGCGAUCCGGGAAUCUGGGCGCAGAUAUGAUAUCUCUCGGACAUCCCCUGCGGCGGAUCCUGGCGGUGGAGGUGGAGAUACCGAGG